AUGCUAUCACGUCUACCCACUGCCGACGAAAUUGAUAUGAAUCAGGUUUUUGAAUUCGAAACUUCUGAAUUUGAUUCCGAUUCAUACAAAGAGCUUAGAGAUGUAGUGGCGAAGAAUCAAGAAAGGCUUCCAGAUCUAAAAAUCAUAGACAAUAUGGUGUUUAAAAAGAGUCUUGCGUCGUAUGAUCCGGAAACCCAAGAGUUCCAAUGGAAAUUAUGGGUCCCCGUGUCAUUAACCCAUGAAUUAAUUAAACAAGCCCACGAAAAAACCACAUCAGCACAUGGAGGAAUAUCUAAAUCCCUAUAUCGCCUACGGGAAAAAUAUUAUUGGCCUCAGAUGGGCUCGCAGAUCAGGCAAUACGUUUCCAAAUGUUCCAUAUUGGCAAUGGUGGACCACUACACCAAAUUCACCUUUUUGAAAGCGAUGCGAGAAGCAACCGCCUCUGAUGUGGUCAAAUUUAUAAUUGAAGAUAUUUACCGCAAAUUUGGUGUACCCGAGACGGUGCACAGUGACAAUGGGGCCCAGUUUAUUUCAAAAACAUUCAAGGACAUGAUCGAAACAUAUGGUAUAAAUUACAUCCAAACUGCUCCAUAUGCCCCGCAGUCAAAUGCAUCUGAACGGGUCAACCAAUCAGUACUGUGUGACGACCAAAAAGUCGUUGCACUAAUUUUUGCCCACACCAUAAAACAACAAAAUAAAAAGGGUUACAGUUAUUCUCCCGCAUCACAGCCAUUGGUUGUAAUGAUCACAGCCCCUCCCACGCUAGAACACGUGGUUGGGGCUUGCUAUAAAAGGGAGAUCAACGAGUGA